CCCAGUUGGUUUGGAAAUCGAUUUCACAAAAUCCAACGCCUUGACUGAUGAAUUUCAGAUCUACCAGAAAACAUCAAUCCGCUCCAUUAGAUUCCUGACUGCAUAGAUUAAUUCGAGGAAAAUGGAGAAGAUGAAUCAAGCAUUUGAGAGGAUGAAAAUGCUGGUGGGGAUGGAGGUUGAUGACGAGGAGGAGCAGCGGCAGCAGCAAGAGUCUUCGUACAUGGAUGAUUUCAAUCGCAACUGCACUUUGUCAACUAAACAGAGACUGUAUGGUUUUGCAAUUUGCUUAUCAGCUGGUAUAACUUGCACACUCUUGUCGAUGCUUGUUUUCUUCCAUCCUGUCAAAUUUGGGAUAACAUUCUCAUUAGGAAAUCUGCUUGCUCUUGGAAGCACAGCAUUCCUUAUUGGCCCUAAAAGACAAUUCACCAUGAUGCUUGACCCAGUCCGUAUAUAUGCUACAGCAAUGUAUAUUGCUAGCAUCAUAAUUGCUCUUUUUUGUGCUGUAUAUGUCCGCAACAAGCUAUUGACACUUCUGGCAAUUGUGCUGGAGUUUGGUGCUCUUAUUUGGUAUAGUGCAAGCUACAUCCCCUUUGCGAGGGCCAUGGUUUCAAAACUUAUGUUAGCAUGCUUCGACACAGAGUUCUAGGGCACAACAACAGGCUCACAACUUGCAGCUGCAAAAUGAUAGAGCGAGUGGUUCACUGGAGAAAGCGAAUUUGUCGAGGUUAUUUUGAUUACUCUCUGCCAAAGUAGAAUGUAAUGGGUGAUUAGCAUUUCUAAUAAUCGAAUCCAACUGUUUUGGUUACUCGAAUAAUCUUGGUUGAGUUCCAUUUCUUUAUGGAUGUGAUUUUGGAUC